UGCAAAGGUGGAGAGCGAGAUUCUGGCUCUUGGACCUGGUGGAGCAGCAUUCCAAAUUUUGGCUGCUGCUGUUCUUCCUCGACCCCUGCCUGGGUCAGAGCCAAGAAAAGGCGAGUCCUUUUCUGCUGAUAGAGCUUUAGGGGAACUGUUGCUCAGGACCUCUGCACUCCUGACGCGUUGUCACAGUCUCACGCUUUUCUGUGGCUUCACUGUGAAAUCACUUGCAAUGUUUGUAGCCCUGUGAAUCUCUCUGCUUAGUGCUCAGAGGAGGAGUCCAGGAAAACAUCAAGUGUUUGAAAGAGGGAUUCAGAGUACUGCGGGAGCUGUCUGAGGUGCUGAAGGUCCCCAAGCGUUUGUCUCCAGCAGCCCCAGAAGGGGUUAGAUGUCACGUUUUCACUUCGGUCUUUCUGGUCCCUCAUGCCUGGGAUAAGACUGCUUUCAGGACCGUGAAUAUCUUUCCGUAUCAUGGCCCACGUGAGACACUUUCGGACACUAGUUUCUGGAUUUUACUUCUGGGAAGCCGCACUGUUGCUGAGUUUGGUGGCCACAAAGGAAGGAAACAGUGCACGGUCUCGAAGUGCUCCAAUGUCACCUUCUGAUUUUCUGGACAAACUAAUGGGGAGGACAUCGGGGUACGAUGCCAGAAUCAGGCCCAACUUCAAAGGUCCUCCAGUUAAUGUCACAUGCAACAUAUUCAUAAACAGCUUUGGCUCCAUCGCAGAGACAACUAUGGAUUACAGAGUAAACAUUUUUCUUCGUCAGAAGUGGAAUGAUCCUCGUCUUGCAUACAGUGAAUAUCCUGACGAUUCAUUAGACCUUGACCCAUCCAUGUUGGAUUCCAUUUGGAAACCUGACUUGUUCUUUGCUAAUGAGAAGGGGGCUAACUUCCACGAAGUCACCACAGAUAACAAGCUGCUAAGAAUUUUCAAAAACGGAAAUGUCCUUUACUCAAUAAGGUUAACAUUAACACUCUCCUGUCCAAUGGAUCUCAAGAAUUUCCCAAUGGAUGUGCAAACAUGCAUAAUGCAACUUGAAAGCUUUGGGUAUACAAUGAAUGAUCUCAUUUUCGAAUGGCAAGAUGAAGCUCCAGUACAAGUGGCUGAAGGACUCACUUUGCCUCAAUUUCUGUUGAAAGAAGAAAAAGACUUGCGAUACUGCACUAAACACUACAAUACAGGAAAGUUUACAUGCAUAGAAGUGCGAUUCCAUCUUGAGCGGCAGAUGGGCUACUACUUGAUCCAGAUGUACAUUCCCAGCCUUCUGAUUGUUAUUCUAUCCUGGGUCUCAUUCUGGAUUAACAUGGAUGCAGCCCCAGCUAGGGUAGCUUUGGGCAUCACCACUGUACUUACUAUGACCACACAGAGUUCUGGAUCCCGGGCUUCCUUACCAAAGGUAUCUUACGUCAAGGCUAUUGACAUUUGGAUGGCAGUGUGCCUCCUUUUUGUGUUCUCAGCACUUCUGGAGUACGCAGCUGUGAAUUUUGUCUCAAGGCAACACAAAGAGCUGCUGAGAUUUCGGCGAAAGAGAAAGCAUAAGACAGAAGCUUUUGCACUGGAGAAGUUUUACCGUUUCUCAGACACGGAUGAUGAGGUGAGGGAGAGUCGAUUCAGCUUCACUGCCUAUGGAAUGGGGCCCUGUCUGCAAGCAAAGGAUGGUGUGGUUCCAAAAGGCCCCAACCAUGCUGUCCAGGUUAUGCCAAAGAGCCCUGAUGAAAUGAGGAAGGUCUUCAUCGACAGGGCUAAGAAGAUUGACACCAUCUCCCGGGCCUGCUUUCCACUAGCAUUUCUGAUUUUUAACAUUUUCUACUGGGUUAUCUAUAAAAUCCUUAGGCAUGAAGACAUUCAUCAGCAGCAAGACUAAGUCUCUGAAGGCAUAACAAA